CAGACGCCACGGGAGGAGGUCAACAUUUAUUACCUGUGAUUCUGUAGCUUCUAAUACACCCUCCAACAAGAUGAAGAUCACUGUGAAGAUAUUACAAGGCAAUGAAUGUACCAUGGAGGUUCCUGGGAGUUCUAGAGUGUCCAAAGUGAAAAUUAUAGUGAACGAAUUUCUGUCAGUUGCCCCUCAUGCACAGCGGCUUGUCUACAAAGGAAAGACUUUAUCAGAUGAAACCACACUUGAUGAAGCUGGCAUCACUGACGGAGCCAAGAUCCAUCUCAUGGUGAAGAAGGCGGAGGUGUCGUCUCCCUCCAGUGGGGCAUCCUCCUCCUCCAAGAAGUUAGAAUCCCCGACGACAGUGGACUUCUUCUCUCAGUUAGAUACUUUUCUUAGCAAACACUUGACUCAAGAACAAACGACAAAGGUGGUCAGCGAAUUUAGAAAGAAUUGCCAGUUGAUGGUGGACAGUAUGAACUUUGACGAUAUUGAAAGAUUCGCCGCCAGCAACUUUACAGAGUUUUAAGGAUGCCCGUUUCAUUUACUUCUUUACAAAAAUAUGAAUAUGACAGCGGAUUAUAUGUGUGUGAAGAUGAUGAGUGAUUCGAGAUUGACGUAACAAACAGUGAAAGAUUUGAUGGAUGUGUGAAGACGGUGAUGACUCAAGUUGGGUGCAGUACAUAUUGGCGUGAAGACUGAACAAUUCAGAGACUCGUACGGUAAUAUGGUGAAUCAAAACAUCUCGUGUGUUUAUGAUAGACAUCGAGAGCGCGGAUUUUUAUCGUUGUGAAACAGUUAUGUUUGGAAGCUCAUUGACCAGUUGAUGAAGAAUACUCUUUCCGGGUAUUGUACGUGUGAAUUGACGGACUCUUUUGUAAAUGACCCUUUGUGUUAGAUGUAUACAAAUAUCUUUAUCUUAUGUUCUACUGAUGCUUUCCACUGUGAAUGAAGAUUUAGGUGAGGAAAUAUUAUAUUCUUGAAAUUAUGAAUAUGGAAUGUCACAUGUUGACAGUCGUAAAGUGUUUUAUUAAGAGCUUCAUGUCGCCUCAGAGACUAAGUAAUGAUAUUCAGUAACUCCCACUAGUACAAAUACCCACAUAAGUUACAGUGUGUUGUGAUCGCUUGAAAUAUCUCUACUGCUCUUGAUGAUUUUUAUAUAUAAUUAAACAAUAUUGAACUCUCUAGUCCUAGUCAGUUUUGCUUUGAUAUCUCAUCAUCUUGCUAGUGUUUGGAAAAUGAAUUCUGAUGUGUGUUUAUGUUGGGUCUUGUGAGGCUUUUCGUUUUUUUACUGAUUGCUUUGUAUAAUAGUUGCAAUGUCUCUCUUGUAUGAUUCCCAGAUUGAAAGAAUAUCAGAGAGGCCCACUAUGCCAUAUACUAUACUCUCAUUAUUUAUUUAUUUUAUUUAUAUUUUACAGCAGAUGAUGUGGACCUAACUUGACCUUUUGGUUAGGUUAAGUUAGGUUUCAUUGGUUCAUAUCAUCUGAAAAGUAAAUGGCUUAGUGGUCCUUUUGUUGUAACUUCUUAGCAUCGGCCAUAUUUAGUGACUGAAAGAAAUUGUAUGUGUGUAGUAAUGUAUAUAUUAGUGGUGGUGUUGACAUAAUGUGGUCAGUACUGGGUGGGAUAUGUAUACGUAUGAUGUCUUGCCUUUAAUGUACGACGCUACUUAUUGGGUAUUUGAACUGAUAGAUAUAAAAGUAAAUUGACUGGGAUUUUAGAAUGUAAACAUGGUAGGUUUUAUGGAAGAAAUUUUAACUCUCCUCCACAUAAUAGCUAUAGGGGUGUGCUAGUACCCCUGGCGUCCGCGUCCAAAUCCAGGUUAGGAUUUGUGUUGGUGCCUGCGGAGCCAGUGGGGUUAGGAUGGACCUUUGUGAUUGGUGAGUUCAUGGGUUCGUAUAGGUUAAUGAUGGAAUAUUUCAUAGGGAACUGAAGGUGCAUCUGGGGGUACAGAGCCAAAAUAUUUGAAGCUAUAUUGCGAGAACCUAAGUUAAAUGAGCCACAGUUCUGAUGAGACCUUAAACUAACCUCUAAGAUCGGGGCUUAAAAGGAGUGGGCUUCAGUCAGGUUAAUUUGGGGCCUAUCAAUACUGGGGCCCAUUAUUCAAUCACCUGUGUAUCGGCUCAGUAGUUAAGCCCAUGCUAUGCAGAAUUGCUCAGUGAGGUAAUUCACUUAAGUAAGUAAUUUUCCAUUUUAUGAUUUUAUCUUCGCUCAUCAAGGGUUUGACUCAUAGCUGAAGGAACUAUGAGUGUGUCUGUAAGUUAACAUUUCUUAACAUAAAUUUAAUAAUGGUUUGCAGAUGUCAUGGAUGCAUGAAAUAUAUUUUUUGUUUCUAGUGUGUUCUUGUACAAUAUGAACUUUUGUAAAUCAGGAUUUUGUUUCUUAAGUUGGGAUCCUUAUCUUAGAAAAAGAAAUACAGUAUAUCAAAUAAAUUUCUAACAAAAAUUUCAGUUUUUCAAUGAACAUAUUAAAGAGGCACGAUAUUAUUACACAGAGGCGGCUCUUAGUUACGAGGUUGGAGUUGGUAAAUGAAAAGGUUUUGUCUAUUUAGGGACUGAGACGACAACAUUAUUUAAGGGCGAUAAAAUCCUGAUCAUUUCAACUUGUAAAUAUCACUAACACUUUUGUGUACUGUACUUCUACAUAAUAGAAGUUAGUUAGGAGUGAUGUUUGAUAUAAAAUAUGAAACAUGGAAUUCUCAUUUACAGGAUGGUCAUCUUACAGAAGGUAAUACAGUAAGGUAUAGUAUUUCAAUUUUAUUAAAGUCUUUGUGAUGACAGAGGCUGACAAAAACUGGUGGGAUAUUCCUCAUCCUUCCUCCUUUACAGUUAUACGAUAUCUUUGUUUUGCCAUUUGUGUCAUGGUGGAAUAGAAGAGGUAAGUCAAUCACACCAUAAUCCAAAUGGCUCAGAAUAGAAGUAUAUUAAUGAAUACAGUGAAACCUCGUUAAUUUGGAUUAAUUGGGGGAAAGGUGAUCUAGAUUACUGCAAAUUUCUAUAGCGCAAAGGCCAACCAGAUAGAACAAAUGACAACUUAACAUGUAAUGAAAUAAAACAAUAACCUAUAAAAUAAAAGUGAAUAUAUAUUUAAA